GAAUGUUGACGUUCCGAUAGAUUUGUAAAUGAUUUUCGUUGAUUUUACAUUCGUUUGAAUAGUACGAAAAUGUUUUUAAAGGCACAAUCGUUAGUUUUUGUACCGUGUCGCUUUGUUCAGGCACUAUUCGUGAGUCAUCGCAAUGCCAAAGGAAAUGUCAGAGCGUUGUGGCCAAUACUUGACCAUAAAAAUUGCUUAGAAAAUCGCCGUGAACUGGAAGAUAAUGUUAAGCGUCGCGGCUUCGGCGAUCAAGUAAACAUUGUGAAACUGUAUGAUCAGUGGGAGCAAUACAAGGAAGCCGAAUCUAGGAAGGUGGCAAUUGAAAAGCGAAGAGCGCAGUUAUCAAAGCUUAUAGUCAAAGCAAAAAGUGAAAAUACCGACAGUCAAAAUUCCAUCGAAGAUCUACUUCAGGAAGCCCGUGGACUUCGUGGUGAAUAUCAAAGUGCUUGUGAGCGUUUUUAUGAGAUUGACGAAGUGUUCAACAAUAAUUUCCUCGAUUUGCCAAAUAAGUUGCUAUCAACCACACCAGAUGAACCUCAAAUAGUAUUUAGUCAUGGAUUGAAUUCGGCUGAAAAUCAUACCUCACACCAUUUGGACUACAAACACAUGAUCGAAUAUAUCAAUGAAACAUGUUAUUAUCUGCAAAAGGAGGCGGCUCAUUUUGAUCGUGCCCUUCCAAACACUCUAAUCGAUCAGUUUCAAAGGAAUGGUUUUAGUCAGCUUAGCAAUCCGGAUUUUGCGAAAACAGUCACCGUUGAAGGAGGUGGAACGGCAUUACAAGAUUUAUACGAAAUUCAGCACGAUUACAACGAAAAAUGUUCGAAUUUACUUCAUUUGGUUGGUAGCGGUUCGUGGUUGAGCUUCUUAGGUUUUGUAGCAAAGACGAAAAUCGAAAAAGAACUUCUACCCAUGCAGUUUAUAUCCACCGGGAAAAUUUAUCGACCAAACAACACAAAUGAUCGGGGCCUAUUUGAUGUUGUUCAAUCAACAGCCGUUCAGAUGUUUUUGGCGGGAACCGAAUCACAAAUGGCUGAGAAAUUUGAUACUGUCUUAGAGUUAAUUAUUCAAAUAUUUAAAACUAUUGAUAUCCAUUUUCGUGUUAUACAUGUACCUGCUAGUCAAUUACAUUCGACCGAAUGCUUUGCCACACAAAUUGAAAUGUAUUCGCCCAGUUUGCAACAGUACAUUGAAAUCGGUCGAUUGAGCCAAUACGGAGAUUUUAUUAGUAAACGGCUGCGAUUUCAGUGCCAAAGAGAUGAAACAAAUACACAAUAUAAGCCACACAUCAUCGGUGGCACCGUUUGCAAUGUUACCAAAUGCCUAGCAAUUAUUUUAGAAACUCAUAACGGAAUCAUACCAAAUGCAGUUGUCACAGAGAAUUUUGUUAAAUAAUGGAUUUUGAAAAUGAAAAAUAAAUAAUAAUGAAAAUUUAUAAAUGUUGAA